AUGGCUCCUAAUGACCAGUCACGUAAAGAGCGGAAAAGACUCCAGAACAAGAUCAGUCAGCGAAAACACCGCGCGAGACAGGCCGAUAGAAUUCAAGCACUCGAAGAAGAAGUCAAGCAACUUCGCCAUGCAAAUCAAGAAUCUGCCCAAUUUGCCAGAAUUUUGACAGAAAUCAGAACAAAAGUGUCUACAGCUUCAUCGGCUUUGAAAGAACUUGAUCAAUUCUUACUGUUGAAGCUUGAUGUCUUUGACGAUUGUAAAACCGUGUCACCUAUGGAUGAGGCAUCGCAAACAAGAAGUAAUACAAAUGCACUAGAAACCAUUAGUCCUAACACAUCGGUGAGCUCUACUACACCAAGUCCCAAGCAGGACGUUGUUGGGUCCUCUGGCGAUAUAAACACUCCACAAAUAGCGACAGCAGAAAUUGCUAAUCGCAAUGAACCAAGUUCACACUCAGUCAGCAUACCUGUGGAUGCAUACCAAGUAGGAGAACCUAUACUACCACUACAAACUAGCACAACUAUAAUAGCAACCGGUGCACCUCUAAUAACAUCGACGGAUUUACCAGAGUCAACACCAAUCUCAGGAAUGUCAGGGUCACCCAUAAUACUAGCCAAUGAUCCGGUCAAUGAGAACAUUGUACUAAGCGACAGCUACUCAAGCAAAAUUCAUACACCGCAUCUGAUCUCGGCUUUCGAAUCCUUUUUUCACCCAUCAAUCAUGUCUUUAUCCCUGUACUUUACGCCUAGGGUAUUCGACAACAUCGAGCUGAGCUUCCGGAGUUCGGUCAACGACAUUAUUAGCAAGCAUGCCGAACUAGGGCCAUCAACCAUAACCAACCAGAACAUGAUUAACGUUCUUGUAGACUACGCUGAAACUAUCCUUGAACAACUUCCAGGAAUCCAGGGAUUCACAUUGGCACUAGGAGGCUUCCAGUGGGUUUGUGGCCAGCUUUUGCUAAUUCUAUGUGAACGCCCAGAGCUCAGGUUCCUACGUCAUCUUCUAUUUCCGGAUAAUCCUUCCCAAGAAAACAACAAAGUGAUGCAAAAGAUGCUUGUUGAAUUAGAAAAGAGGCUAAGACACAAGUACUUGAAAGAUCAUCCUUCGAUGAGUUCGAUUUCGCAAUACCAUAUCAGUUCUCCACGGGUUCCAGUGUUGUUUCCAGGAUUCUUCAAGCCAACAGCACUCCAGGAGUACUAUCUCGAAAAUAACAUUCCCUACAAGCAUCUAAUCAACUUCAUCGUCUGGCCGGAGUUCCGAGAUGCCUUACUUCGGAAUGCCGACCAAAUGGAAUUCUCAGGAUCUAUGGAUGAAGUCAUGGAUAACGUCGUGAUUAGGAUGACCCAAUCCCUACAGCCGGAAAAGCUUUUUUUCGUCCAACAAUUGAAAGAUGUUAUCACUUUGGAAAUGCAGCAGCGCAUGGAAGGAGUUAGCCUCAAUAUGGUUCCCAAUAUCUCUAGUGCCGAGUUGGUCAAUGCUGGCAUCACCAACCCCAACAAUUGGAAAUUAACUAGAUCUUACGGAUUUCGCUACUCCAAAGUAGUCCCAAGUAACCUAAUAGUGGAAGAUAUAGAUGAUACUGACCCCAACAUGAUAAUACGGCCGGUAUUGGUUUCUCAGCCAUCAUCGACUUAG